AGGGGUGACAGCGAGAGGAAAGGGGGAGCUGGCACAAAACUCCUCCGUCACAGAGUCCGCCACCAUGGUCCGGCCAUGGCUCCAUCUCUACAUCUGCCUCCAGAUCCCAGGUUUUUAUACACUUUUAACCCAAACUCCAGAGCACCUUCUAACCCAAACUAACAGUAAAACCGAAAUGCUCUGUGAGGUGAAGAAGGAGCAUACCGGGGUGUACUGGUACCGCUGGAGCCAGGAGAGGCAACAUUUCGAGUUCUUGGUAUUUUCCAACAUGCUGGGCAAAGCCACGUACGGCACAAACGUGAGCCAGGACAAAUUCAGUGUCCAUGAGGCGAGGGCCCACAGCUCCUACAGCCUGCACAUCAGCCACCUGCAUCCCUCAGACAGUGGCACCUACUACUGCUCCAUCUCCCAGUCCUCCCAGCUCCUCCUGGGCAGUGGGACACAGCUCAGAGUGGCUGACGCUUUGCCUCUGCCUCCAAAGACCACACAGACACCGGUGUCCAAAAAGCCCGUGCCACGGAUAACCAAAAGCAAAGCUGCCAGCAGGACAGGUCCCUGCAGUCCCCUGGUCUGGAUCCCCCUGGCCGCGGGUGUCCUGCUCCUCCUGCUGGGCCUGGUGCCCGCUGCCCUCCGCCUCCACCGUCUGCGGCGGAGGCUAUGGCUUCGCAUCCACAGGCAGUAA